UGGAGCGACAGCCGCUGGGAAGUGGAUUGGGAAGCGAACGAACACUCGGGACUCUCCGAGACUAAAGCCAACCCACGGCGUCCGAUGGACGGACGGGGCAGGGAAGUACCUGGAGAUACCAGGCCCUCGACCCCGUGUUUGCCGCAGACAAUAGGGCCAGUGCUUGUGGGUGAUGGCCAACGCAGAAGGAAGAGGACCAUUUUUAGCCAGUGGCAGCUGGGGGAGCUGGAGGAGGCAUUCGCGGAGACUCCCUACCCGGGCAUCAGUGUGAGGGAAAGGUUGGCUGAGACCAUCGGGCUGCCCGAGGCCAAAAUCCAGGUCUGGUUCCAGAACCGUCGGGCUCGGUGCACAAAACAGGCCAGGAGGGGGAAGAGGAGGAGGCGCCUGGGAGGGUGGUGUCCACCCUUGGCUCCUGCCUACAUGGGGCUGGGCAGCGGGGCCCAGGUCUGCAGCACCCCCAGAGCAGGAAGGCACAGCUGUCCAAACUGGUACCAGGAAUGGGCGGGCGGGGUACAGAUCUCCAGCGAGAAGAUCACAGCUUGGGCUCCUGACCACGCCGUGACCACAGACAGCGACAAUCUUAGAUGUCGGAACAAAGGAGUCAGGGCAGCUCCCUCCUGUCGGCACGCUGCCCAAGUCGUCCCACAACUGAAAUCACUAGCUGAAGACCAAGGCACAUCUGGGUCUUACACCUCCCUCCGCCUCACCUCAGACCUAAUUUACAGUGCAGCCAUUGUCACCAAUGUGUAA